GUCCUCACGUUCAACGCCGUGAAUCGUGCCGUCGACUCUCGCUCUCCCUCAAGCACGCUGUCAACAUGCUGCGACACGAUCACAAUCGCAUCGACCCCAAAAGGCGCAAUGUGCUCGACCACCGCAAGAGGCAGUUCGCCACGCCGCAGUACAAGGACGCCGAGUACCCCCACCGCCUCAACUUUUACGCCGACGCGCCCACGGCCGACAUAACGCUCGAGCAGUUUGAGCAAUGGGCGAUUGACAGGCUGAGAGUCUUGGCCGAGCUCGAGGCAUGCUCGUUCCGCAACAGGUCGCCCGCCGAGACGGCGACACACAUGAAGCCCAUCGUCGACAAGUAUAUGCCCCUCGACACCAACAGUUCUGCGUCUAGCAAGCUGUUUUCUCAGCGGCAGAAGGACCACUAUAGCCACUUUAUCCUCCGCCUCGCCUUCUCGUCCACCGAAGACCUGCGUCGGCGCUUCACGCGCGUCGAGACGAUGCUUUUCCGCAUGCGCUUCAACAGCGACGAUCUCGGCGAGAGGUCCGCCUUCGUCUCGAGCCUCGACCUCGACUGGUGGGAGCCCGUCACGGACAACGAGAGGGAGGAGUUUGCGGCCGAGCUGGCCGCCAUGAUGGGUCCCAGGAAGGGCAACGCCGAGGACGACACCUGGUUCAAGGUGGACUGGGAGCGCGUGCCGGAGCUCGUGGAGCAGCGUCGCGUCUUUCUCAAGCGCGGGAAGGCCUUUGUGCCCGGCCGCGAGCAGUCUAGUAUGGUUGUGGCAGAGUUUUCUACCCGGCUUGACAAGCAGCUCGAGUUGACAGCGCGCGCCCUCCCGCGACUCGACGAGGACGACCGUCUCACGCCCAUCCUCAACCACCUGUCCAAAAACUUCAUCACGCCCGACUCAUCCUACAUGUCCAACACGUCGGCGCCCAUCGGCGCGCAGAUCAGCGCGUCCAACAUCGACAACCUGUCGCAGCACUUCCCCGCGUGCAUGUCGCACCUGCACCGCACGCUGCGCGCUACUGGGCACCUUAAGCACUACGGGCGCCUGCAGUACACGCUCUUCCUCAAGGGCAUUGGGCUGACGCUCGAGGAGUCGCUGGUGUUUUGGCGGACCGGCAUGCGCUCCAAGACAGACGACGAGUUCAACAAAGAGUACCGGUAUAACGUGAGGCACGCAUACGGCGACGUGGGCGGCGACGGGAACCGGCGCGGCGGCGGCUACAGCCCCUUCAGCUGCCAGAAGAUCCUGACGGAACACCAGCCUGGCGCGGGCGACGCGCACGGCUGCCCUUACCGGCACUUCAACAUGGAGAACCUGUCGACGCUGGUGCAAGCCAUGGGCGUAACGGACCAGGCGGUGCUGCGCGGCGUCCGGGAGGACAAGGAAGCCCAGAAGUUUCACAUGGCGUGCAACCGCGUCUUUGAGCAUCUGCACAAGGCAGAGAUUAAGAAGGCCAAAGACGAGGGCGUGUUGACGGCGAACCAGCUCGAGACGAUUGUGCAUCCCAACGAGUACUUUAAGCGGAGCUACCUGCUCAAGAACCUGGGCAAGGAGACCGACGUCAAGAUGGAGGGGUGAGGGGAUGUCAUUUUACGAAUGGAUGGAUGAAGCCUAGGGCAAACGUGAGAGCUUGAGGGAGGGCCAUACGGCGAUGGGCUGGUGUGGACGAGCGCGGCAUACUGGAGUCUGGCGUUUGGGCAGUGGCAUCGUACACGGGACGUCUUUCGCUGCGAAGCAUUAUCCCUGCCUUGGGUUCGUUGUCUGAUGCUCUCGGUGGUUGACUACUCAGCAGGUGCCAAGAACGAGCGAGACGUAUAUGACCCCCUGUUGUUUUUCCAUGACUACAUCUUGUCGAGCUUUGCAAAGAACAUGUCACGACAGAUGUAGCGCGUGUUAUGGCGGACGGAUACUCAAUGUUGUAUCACUGUUCAACGAGACUCGACACGCGCCGCUAACAGCAGCGGAAGAUGCCGUUUUACAUGGUGAAAUGGCCUGGGGCAUAAAUGCGAGAGCCGCUCGACGUGUGGCGGCAGACGUGGGAUGACUCUUGGGUAUGCAUAUACUGUACACCGCCUUUGACAUCCCAUCACCAGUCUCAGACUCAUAACAUACAUACAUCC